CGAAGCUGUUCACUGGCGGCAGUGUUUCGUUGAAAGUCUCCCUCGAGCUGGUCGCGUUCAGCCAGCUAGCUUUCCGCUCUGUCGCAGUUCGCGUGUUUCAGGUGAACGUCGUCCGGACACGUGUUGGCCGCCAGCGGAGCUAUGAAGAUGAGGAAGCGACCGAACAUCCUGCUAACAGGUACCCCGGGUGUUGGAAAGACCACAUUGGGGAAGGAGCUGGCCCAGCGGACAGGACUGACCUACGUCAACAUAGGAGACCUGGCGAAGGAGGGUCAGCUUUAUGACGGCUAUGACGAGGAGUACCAGUGCCCAAUUUUGGACGAGGACGGGGUGGUGGAUGAGCUGGAUGAAAAGAUGGUCGAAGGCGGCAUGAUCAUCGACUAUCACGGCUGCGACCUGUUCCCUGAGCGCUGGUUCCACAUCGUCUUCGUCCUGCGCACGGACAACACCCAGCUGUACACGCGGCUGGAGGACAGGGGCUACACGGGGAAGAAGCUGCAGGACAACGUGCAGUGCGAGAUCUUCCAGACCAUCUACGAGGAGGCCAGGGAGGCCUACAGCGAGGAGAUCGUCCACCAGCUGCCCAGCGACACCCCCGAGGACCUGGAGCGCAACCUGGAGCAGCUGGUUCAGUGGACCGAGCAGUGGAUGAAGGACAACAACUAGAUGCCCCCCUCUGGCCGGGCCGGGGGCCGCCGGCUGGACUGUCACAACCAUAUUAUGACAAAGAAAAAAAAUCACCCGUCACGGGACUUUAAUCCAUUGCAGAUUAGUGUUAAUCAAAGCACUCGUGGUGCUGCAUUCAUGUCGUCAUUUUUUGUAAAUAAAUGGCCACUGGGGAACACUAGCGUUGCCCUAGUGAGAACUACA